AGAGAGACCGCUGCCGUACGCGUUUGCUUUGCGCGAGCAUUUACAUAGUGCGCAAAUGCAACAUACGCGUAAACAAUAUUCGCUCGCGACUGUGAAGGCUGGAUGUACUGUCCUGCAUCCCAGACGAAGAGCAAGAGUAACGCAUCGUUAAAUUGAAAGCUGAUAAGAUUAGUUCUUCUCCCCGAAGUCCCCUUGAGAGUUUCCCAUCGUUGAAGUGCCAAUUCAAGUGCGUGGUGCGUUCUCGGUUGGAUUAAGCGUGAUGGAUUGUUCUGUGCAGGGUAAAACUAUCGUCGUAACCGGUGCCGGACAGGGCAUCGGGAACGAGCUAUGCCGAACGCUGGACCGCCUGGGUGCAAAGGUGAUCGCCGUGUCGCGUUCCCCGGCGCCGUUGGAAGAAUUGAAAGGAGACUGUCCACGGAUCGAGAAGAUCCAGGUCGACCUUAGUGACUGGGAACGUACCAAGAGUGCAUUAUCACCACUGGAGACGGUGGAUGGGUUGGUCAAUAAUGCCGGAGUUGCCGUUAUCAAACCGUUCCUCGAGCUGACAGAGGAAGAUUAUGAUCGCACAUUCAAUGUGAAUGUAAAAGCCGCUUUUCAUGUCGCCCAACUGUUGGUCCCAAAGAUGCAGCCCGGAUCGAGCAUCGUGAACGUAUCGUCACUCGCCGGUCUGAAAGCUAUUCACGGACACUGUGCGUACUCAAUGUCUAAGGCGGCAAUCGAUGGGCUGACCAAAAAUCUAGCGCUAGAGCUUGGGCCGCGCAAGAUACGCGUCAACAGCGUUAAUCCGACCGUCAUUCUUACCCGCAUGGGACGCGACAAUUGGUCCGAUCCGGCCAAGGCAGAUCCGCUGAAGGCAAAGAUUCCACUCGGUCGGUUCGGGGAGGUGAACGAGGUGGUGGAACCGAUCGUUUAUUUGCUGAGCGAGCGGUCCAGCUUCCUCAACGGGCACUGCCUACCGAUCGAGGGUGGAUUUUUGGCUGGCAAUUAAGGGUGGGAUCGGAUGUUUCUUUUUCUUUUCUUUGGCACCGACACCAUUCCAGUACAGUAGUAGGAGUAAUAUUUUAUCCAUUUAUUGUGUGGCAUUUUCUUUUCUUUUCUUCUACUAUAUGUAGGUAUGAGAAUCCAUGUAAUAAAAGCAUAAAUAUUUUACCGUUUGUGAGGAAACGAUAGUUAACAAAUUAGUAAAUGAAUAUAUGCGUACGAUAUGCGACAUAAAGAGCCUGACUAACUGCUGUUUUUGGUA